UGCAAUUCCCCUUGAUUUAUCAGAUUUGAGAGUACCAGAGGAGUUGCCUCGUGUCAUAACUGUAUUGGAAAAAAAAAGUAGGCUCUUUUGUUUCUCUAUCUCGCUCUCUGUCGCUCCCCACCAAGAUCGCAUGCGAGUCUUGAUCGAAAGGAUUGAUGAGAAAUCGAGUUCUGGAGAUUCAUCGGAUCGAGAAAGCUGGGAUAAAUUUUUUUAGGGUUUCACGCUCUCAACGUCUGUUCCCUCUCUGCUCGUUUCUCUUCCGGCGGCUUGAGCUCCAUGUCGCUGUCCUUCUCUUCCGUGCCUGCUCAAGGUACAAAGCUCUGUGUUCCGUACAAGGUCCUCGUCUUCUUACAGUCGCUGACUUAGAGUCCAAUUGAAUCUCUUGGCUUUGUUUUGAGAGACCUCGGAGAUGAUGGUUAAGGGAAAUGAUCAAGCCAUCUUUGUUAUAUGACUGAUAUCACACUUGGUGGAAAUCAUCUGAAGUUUUUUAAGACCCCUUAUUGCAUGUAUGUUGAGACUAGUUCCUAUCUGCAAAGGUGGGCGUUUUACCGAAGUUCUGACUAGUUCCUAUCGAACGGGUGUGUCUAUGUGAUGGAUCUGAUAGAUGUGAGUUCUGAGAUUCAAGAAAUGCUUGGUAGGAGCUACAAUGUUCCUGUCUUGACGAAGAUGAUCUCAUGGGAGGUAAAGCUUGUUGUUGUUGCGUGACUAAACUUAGGAUUAUAAUCACGUUGUGCAUAACAUUUUCAACUAUCCUUUUAGCUCUGUAAUGGAUUUUUUAUUUACAAUGUGUAAUUUUUUUUUAAAGAAUCCUUAAUUAAGAGACUUGCAAUAUCAUACUCUAUUAAAAGGGCUAAAUAAAG